UGGAAAAUGCAACAGCGCGAAGUGUAACAACUUCGAAUUCAAACAUUUUGGUGUCAAAUGGGAAAGCCGGCUCCGCGAAGUCAAAGUGGGAAUUAGGGGUUGAGUACUUACCUUACCUGUCAGUCCUUGCCAUUCCUGCAUUUCUUUGGGCUGUGACUUCCAAGCUCCGAAGGAGAACUGGAGUGAAUAAAAUCUCAGCAAACGAGAAUGGAACAGUAAUGCAAUACCAGCGGGUAGAAGCUGAAACAGUACCGAUGGAUCCGGUUCCGUCCUGGGAGUUUCGGAAGGAAGACUUGGAGAUUGAUAGAGUAGUUGGCCACGGUGCGUUUGGAGUGGUCUCCAAAGCCUACGCUCGAUAUCUGCAGGGCUACUCAGAAUGGACAGUUGUGGCAGUAAAAAGCUUGCAGGAGGAUGCGAAGGAAAGUGAAAGAGAAGAUCUGUUGUCUGAAUUAAACCUUUUAAAGAGGCUGAAACCUCAUCCACAUGUAAUAAAACUUUUGGGUUGCAUCACAGAAGAAAAAGAAACCCCAUAUGUAAUCAUUGAGUAUGUACCUUACGGAGAUCUUCUCGGUUAUCUUCGGAGAAGUCGAGGGUUGCACGACUGUUACUACGAAUAUCCCGAGAUAAAACCAACGACGAACCUAACUUCAGAGCAGAUCAUAACGUUCGCCUGGCAGAUAGCUGACGGCAUGCAGUAUAUCUCAUCUAAAAGGAUCAUCCACCGAGACCUAGCAGCAAGGAAUGUAUUAGUUGGUGAUAACCUCAGAUGCAAGAUUACAGAUUUUGGAAUGGCUCGCGAUGCUGAUAUGAAAGAUAUUUAUGUACCACGUAAUCAGGGCCGAAUUCCUGUUAAAUGGACAGCAAUUGAAGCAAUGUCUGGAAGGAUGGAGUACUCAACGAAAAGUGACGUGUGGAGUUUUGGAAUCGUUCUAUACGAGAUUUGCACCAUUGGCGCUGAACCUUAUCCAGGAAUAAGUCCGUAUGACAUUCCAAGAGUAUUACAAGAGGGGUAUAGAAUUCCUAAACCUGAUUAUUUUAAGGAUGAGUUGUAAGUAAUUCCUAACCCCUUUACAGUUAUUAUCAAUGUCAUAGUGGUAAAAGUUCUUUCAUAAGGUAUUCUAAGUUCACCCCCAAUGCAUUGUAUCGCAAUCCAACUGAACUCUGAAAAACCCAGACCUGAAGCUACAACUUUCGCAACCUAAAGUUAAAGGAGAAAACUUUAAAGAAACUAAACCAAAUG